AACCCCGGAAACAACUUGCAUGUUUCUGGCUUGAGCCACAAGGUCGACACGCGUGACCUCGAGGCGGCUUUCGCUAAGUCGGGUCGGGUCAAGAAGGCUCAAGUGAUGUAUGAUCCUCACUCGCGCGAGUCGCGCGGGUUUGGGUUUGUGACCAUGGAGUCUGCUGAAGAGGCAGACGCUGCCAUCGCUGCCAUGAAUGGUGCUGAACUGAUGGGCAAGGCGAUUUCAGUAGAAAAGGUCAGCACGAUUCAUCAUCUCACGUUAGCUCACCUAUCAAUCACACUUCGGUUCAGGCGCGUCGCGGCCGUGCACGGACCCCUACCCCCGGCCGCUACUACGGCCCGCCGAAGAGGAAUGAACGUGAGCACACUUGCGGCACAAGUGGUCCGCGCCUAG